GUAUCCAGGCGUUUCGAAAGUAGAGUUGUAGAAGUACGAAUCCGCGCGAUUAGUUUCCUAGCGCAGGAGCCGUGUGGGUUGUGCGUUUGCCUUUAUAUGCACUUCCAGCUGCAAUGAUGUGAUUCUGAACGUCAAUGAAUUUCUAAAGAAUCUUCCUCGUGCUUCUCUACUUGGUGAUAGUGUCAGUUCAUCUUUCGCCGCUGCUAGUAUGGCCCUCUUUCGAAGCAGCUGCCCUGCUCAACAGUAACUAUGGACUCGUUCCUCGCCGGUGUUUGUGCUGGUUUGUCCACGGAUUUGCUGCUCCACCCCAUCGACCAUCUGAAAUGUCUGUACCAGACCCGCAGCUCCACCGCCGGCCUGCGGUCGUUGGCCGCGGUCUACCGCGGGUUUCCCGCGGUGGCGGCGCUGGGAGCCCCGGGGAAUGGCGUGUUUUAUCUGGUGUAUGAGCACAUGCGGGCAAGGAGCGCGACGGCGACAGUGGCUGCGUCGUCAUCUGCUACACAGGUGAGGAGUGGGACGACGAGCAGCAGGGGCACCAGCAGCUGCAACGAGCAGGAAGAAGUCGUGGAUGAACUACCUGCUCAAAGUCGUGUUGAAACAUCAUCUUCAAUAAAUGACCACCUGCAGCAGAUUCUGCUCGCGAGCACAGCGGCGAGCGUCGCGGCGAACCUGGUGUACUGUCCCAUGGAAGUCGUCAAGGAGACUUCUUUCGUUGAAAAAACCUCCACGCGCAAGACGUUGCAGAACUUGUUUCUGCAGCAGCAGCUCCAGGAGAAGCACUGCGAACCUGCUCAGAGUAGAAGUUCCGCACGGCCCCAAACGCAGAAGUUCUUCAUAUCAAAAGUAAAAAUGUCUGGGUCUGGAAACUUGUGAUGCUGUGUGGUAUAUCAUGAGGAGGCCACAAUUGCUGGCUCAGCAUGACAAGUUUCUGAGCUUCUAGGUGUUGCCUAUUCUGCAUGACAAAGUACGUUUCUGCAUGACAAAAAAGUGGGGCUCUUUGGUAAUGUGCAUGACAGAUUUAAGAGUCAUGCCAGACAAGCAUGACAAACUUGCAUUCUUCCAGACCCAGACACUUUUACAUUUGAUACUUCAUCCCGGUUAUCAAUAUUUUGAAGAAAAUUUACCGUGGGCUUUUCUUCGCGAACCUGACCUGGGUGCCGUACUUCGCGAUCUAUUUCGGAAUCUACGAGCAGCUAAAGUGGCGAGGCGGGGACGAACGAAUUACAAAUACUGCUACUACAACGGAGGAGCGUCCUGUGCCGGAGGUGCAUCUACAACAACCUCAACCUCCCCCGCAUGAUGUUCAUGGUGACGUUGCGCGUAAUAUGACAGGAGACGGGAGACGACCACGACGACCGCCGCAGCCGGUGCGUCCGCAAUCAGCGACGACCGGUGCUAAUGACGGGAUGGUCGAGGACGUCCUCGCCAAUGAAAUACAAGGUGUUGAAAGAAGAACAGCCGCGAACGCCACGACACAGGAAGUUGAAGUAUCGACAGGGGAAACUACAGCGCUUCUUUUCGCCGACGACGUCACUCGAGGGCUCCUCGCUGGCACAAUUGCUGCCGCCUUGACGUACCCGGUGGACGUUUUGAAAACACGAGCACAGGCCGGACUCGGUGGUGGGUUGCUCAUGAUGUUUUCUGACUCUCAUAACACGCAAAGCAGGAGUAGCAUGACAGAAGCAGGAAGCAAAAGUGGUGGCUGCACCGGCAGCACCGGGGAAAGCACGAGACUUGACGUCAGCACACGACGAUAUCUGCGACUUCACAGCAAGGGAAUUCUCACCCGCGUUGUGUGGCUUGCACCGGCUUCGGCAUUGACGAUCUCCUUUUACAACCUGUAUUUUUCCUUGUUUCAACAAGCGAACAGAAGGAGAAACACAGACAGUACCAGUAGGGCAGAACGGUAAAUUGUUUUUGAACUACGACGAACAAGCAGCAAGUGCAUUUCAUUCAAGCGCCGGAGCGACAAGGCCAUGAGGCCAAGCCCGAGCACUGGAGCUUUUUUUCUUGCGUAUUCCGAAAGAUCAAAAAAGCUGUUCAUAUUCGGCGCGGUGUCGUUGAUUAUUUUGCAACAAAGGUAAAGAUAAAGUUGUUUCACGGAAUACGAAUCAAUACCAAAGCCGAAAGGAAAAGAAAUAUAAGUGCAGGAUAAAUGAUGAUGAUGAUAAGCCAUGAAAAAUUAUAUUUUCACAUAUUAAGUAAUCGAGCCAGCAGGAGAGCGAUUGCGAUUAUGGCACCGCGCCAUCAGUAUGACUUCGUG